AGGAAAGACCACAAACUGAGUCUUCUAAGGUAGCUGAUAUUGCCGUAGCCUGCUUGUUUAUUUGUUGAUUUAAUUCUUAUCCUUUGGGUACACAUGGCACAGCCAAGCAGAAAAACAGAAUAAGGUAAAGAGCUGAGUGUGGAGCCUCCCGAGCCUGUGGGUACAUGACGCAGAUGGUUGUGUAUGUGAGUGUAUGUGUGCAUAGAGAAAGGUAAGACUAACACAGACGACAGAAGGGAGCUUUGUGUGCUUUCUCAUAUCCAGCUUCGCUCACUUUCUAUCUCUCAGUUCGAUUUCAGGCAUCAUAAACAUGCAGUGGCUCCUUUUGACUCUCUUCACUACUUACUAUCAGCAGUUUCUUUGCAGGGCAGAAGAGCAAGUGAACUCAUUGAUGGCAACGGACAAGGCAGCAGACAAGGGGGAGAAUGUCCAACGAAAGGAGUUUUGUCACUGGCCAUGUAAAUGCUCCAAUAAACGUGUAUGCCCCAUGGGAACAAGCCUGGUGAAAGACGGUUGUGGAUGCUGUAAGAUCUGUGCUAAACAACUGGGGGAAAGUUGCAAUGAAGCAGAGGUGUGUGAUCAACACAGAGGUCUGUACUGCGACUUCUCAGCUGAUGCCCCAAAAUUUGAAGUUGGGAUGUGCAAAUAUAUGUAUGCUGUUGGAUGUGAACUGAACGGGGUGCUUUAUCAGAAUGGACAAACUUUUCAGCCAAGUCCCUUUUACACCUGUCUUUGUAUAGGUGACAUAAUUGGAUGCUCUCCACUGCUUAAUUCCAAACAAGAUGGAAGCCAAUGCACAGAGUCUACAGACGUCACAAAAAAAAAGUCUGACUUAUCAAACUGUGCUCUAGAGAAGAACGCAGCUAUGACAGAAAACAAACUUAUACCAGUGUACAAGAUUUUACCACUUGUUUGGAAAAAGAAAUGCCUUGUCCAAGCAACCCAAUGGAGUCCAUGUUCCAAAACAUGUGGCAUGGGGAUCUCUAUCAGAGUUACCAACGAAAACAGCAAAUGUGAAAUGACAAAAGAAAAAAGACUAUGCUACCUACGACCAUGUAAUACUACUAUGCUUAGUGCUAUAAAGAUCCCAAAAGGAAAAACGUGUCAACCUACAUUUAAAGAACCGCAACCUGUUAAAUUGACGUUAUCAGAGUGUUCAACCGAACGGAGCUAUAGACCCACUUAUUGUGGUGUGUGUACAGAUCGAAGAUGCUGUAUCCCCAACAAGUCUAAAAUGAUAACAGUCCAAUUCCACUGUCAAAACGAAGGUUCCUUCAGAUGGAAAAUGAUGUGGAUCACAUCUUGUGUUUGUCAGAAGACUUGUAUUAACCCAGGAGACAUAUUUGCUCAUCUUAAAAUUUUGUCAGCAAGUCAAAAGCAGCAAGUCAAAAGCAUCGGAGCCAAAGUAUCAGCAUGACCUAGCAUUCUCAGGAGAUGUCAGCGCCCAUAUUUUUUUCAUGGCAGUUCUUCUUAAAAUACAAAGUUCAAUUUACAUUUUAUUUGUACAUAUUUAUUGUGUUAGUAUAUAUUUUGUGAAUUUAUGUUACUUAUGAGAUUCAUAAAGGUUACCGUGGAUUUAAAAAAAAUAAAAUAAAAAAGAAUCAAAUUGUUAUAAACCCACAAAAACCAUGUAUGCAUAAUUUGAUUUGGACAGCAAAUAAACCUUUAUGACUUCAAAAUA